AUGCUUAGCAUACCGUGGACUGACGUUCAUAUUGCAUUGCAAUAUAAUGCAUUUGUUAACGAGUUGUUUGGUAUUUCUUAUAUUAUUCCUGAAACAACAACUACAACGUCAGCUCCACUGAUCGAAAAAGUUAAUGUACCAGUAAUAAAAUCAUCAUCGAAUAGUAUUUAUUUCGAAGAUCAGUUUCAAGACAAGUCAAAAUGGUCUCGUUGGGUUAAGUCACAAGCAAAAAAAGAUGGUGUUGAUGAUACUAUCGCAAAAUAUGAUGGAGAAUGGGGAUUUGAAAUACCAACAACAGCUGUCUAUACAGAUGAUUAUAGUUUAAUCUUAAAAUCGAAAGCAAAACAUCAUGCAAUAGCAGCACCAUUAUUAAAAGCAUUUGAUUUUCAAACAAGUCCACUUGUCAUCCAGUAUGAAGUUAAAUAUCAGACAAGUCAGGAAUGUGGAGGUGCUUAUAUAAAAUUAUUGUCAGAUAGUGAUCCACUUGAUUUGAAACAAGUUACUGAUAAAACACCUUAUACAAUUAUGUUCGGACCUGACAUGUGUGGAGUUGAUAUGAAAUAUCAUUUUAUUAUUCGUUAUCGUCAUCCAAAAACUGGUGCUUACUCAGAACAUCAAGCGAAAAAAACCAGCGAAUCUCUUGAUACAUACUUCACAGAUAAAAAGUCACACCUUUAUACUUUGGUUUUAUCGGCUGAUAAUAGUUUCAAAAUGUAUAUUGACAAUAAACUAAUUAAUUCUGGUAAUCUUUUGGAAGACAUGGAACCGGCAAUUAUUCCACCUAAAGAAAUCUUUGAUGAAAACGAUAUUAAACCAUCAGAUUGGGACGAUCAAGAACGAAUUCCAGAUUCAACGGCGACCAAACCCGAAGAUUGGGAUGAAACUGCACCAAAACAGAUCGUAGAUGAAAGUGCAACAAUGCCAAGUGGCUGGUUAGAACAUGAAUCUGCAACUAUUCCUGAUCCAGACGCUGUUAAACCUGAAGAUUGGGAUGAAGAUGUGGACGGAGAUUGGGAGCCACCACAAUUGGAUAAUCCAGUUUGUAAAAACGCUGUUGGUUGUGGAUCAUGGACUCCACCAAUGAUACCAAAUCCGAAAUAUAAAGGAACAUGGCGAGCACCUUUAGUAGAAAAUCCGAACUAUAAAGGUAAAUGGGAACCACGCAAAAUUUCGAAUCCCGAUUAUUUUGAAGAAACGCAUCCAUACAAACUAACACCAUUUAGUGCUGUUGCUCUCGAAUUAUGGUCAAUGAUUGAUGGUGUUGUUUUUGACAAUUUUCUAAUUACAUCCGAUCAAUCAUUGGCAAAACAAUACGGUGACACAUUGUGGUAUCUAAAGAGUUCAUUAGAAGGCAAAGCAUCGGCAGGUGAAGGCUUUGUCAAUAGAGUGAUUAAUGCCACAAAAGCACGACCGUGGUUAUGGGCAUUGUAUUUGGUUGUUAUUAUUUUACCCAUUGUCAUCCUAAUUGCAUUUUUCUGGUCAAGGAAGUCAAAAAAAUCGGUUACAAGUGCUAGAGAUGCACAAAAAAAGAAAACAGAUGAAGAGACAAGUGAUGAUGUUGAACCAGGACAAAGAAAUGAAUUAAGAACAUCGAAAACUUCAGAAGAGAAUGUUGAAGGGCAGAAUGAAGAUGAGGAAGAUGAAGAAUACGAAAAUGAAUUGAAUGACGAAGAAAUACAAGAUGAAACAACUACAACUACUAGUACAACAAGUGUAAAACAGAAUGUUAAACUAACACCAUCAACAUCACAACAGCAACGAACAGGAAAAGAGUCAUUAGAGAAUGAAUCCAUAGAAGAUGAAGACGAGAACGAUGAUAAUGAUCAGAAAAAGCAUAAUGCUGAAGAUAGUAGUGGUGAAAAGAAACAAUCGUCGACACCGUCCUCACCGUCCGCUGCUAAAACUAAACUACGCGUUCGUAGAGAUUAG